UAAGGAGCCAGACGGGGGUAACGAUUCUUAGGUUACGAAGUAAAGCCAAAGUAGAGCCUAGAAAGAUGGUUGGGUUUGGGUUUUAGGCACAUCGGCACAAUUUUAGGCCAUGUCGUGCCUGCAUUCCCUUUAAGGACUAGAAAGAGGUCGAUAAAUUUAAGGAACAACAACUUAGAAGGAAAAAAAAACAACAUAUCAAUCUCCGAAGAUCCAGAAGAUUGAAGUACGUUUGGCAAUGAACCAUCUGGUGACCAUACCUCGGCAUCAAGCCGUUCUUAAUUAUACCCUGAGACGUCUGCUUACAAAUGCUGCAAGUAGUAAUCCAAUAACAUCGCUGAAAGGAAACCAUACCAAAGUUCAUCCGUCUUGGACUGACAAAAAUGAAGACCCAAAAACAUCAAAAUCUCAGUCCACUUGUAGGCCUAUGUGGAGCAAUUUUUACGGCUUAAACUCCUCCCUGCCGAUUGGUAACAAGUCAAAAUUAAUUUCAAACUAUGAGAACAGCGAGGACCAGAACCAAGCUGUGCCUCAUUGCAAAGAAAACUCAUCAGAUUUAAACAAUUCAAAGGAUUUAAAAAAGCUAAAAUUUUACUUUCCUGACAACAAUAAAUAUAUAGCCAACUGGAACAAUUUAUUAAACAACACAUACGAAGGACUGUUGGGCUACAAAGUCAGUGUUUUAUCCCACCUGAAGCAACCACUAGGGCCAUUGUCUCCAUGUUCAAGAAAUUUUCACACAUCCACAUGCCAAUCUGCCAAUCGACCUAUUCCUAUUCCUCCAUAUGAACCACCAAGAGAUGCUCUAGGUCUGACCUAUAUAUCUGACCUUAACCAAGAAGAUGCUGAACGAAUAAAAAAUGUUGCAUAUGAGGAACUGAAACUAUUAUUGGAGAAGCACAAUAUUGCAUAUACAAAGACGAAGGCAAAGAAACGAACUACAGAUAAUGGACUAUUUGGGACAGCACUUGAAGUACUUGUUGCAAAGGAUAUUUAUAACAAUAGACUUGUUUCUGAUCUGAAAGUUCCAGCUGUAUUUUCAUUGUUGGUUCGAUUCAUUGAGAAAAAUGGCAUACAAGGGAUCUUCAGGGUACCAGGAUCAACCGAAAGAAUCAAAGCUUUUAGAAAAGAGCUAGAGGAUAAUUUCUACAAGAUACCUAACUAUUCUAUACACGAGCACACACAAAUCAGUGAGUUGACUGCUCAUGAAGUAUGCUCAGUCUUUAAGGCCUUCCUCAGAGAACUACCAGCAUAUCUGAUAUCCAGUGAAAGAAUGGAGUAUUUCCCUAAUAUUAAAACAUUGCCCUUCGCACAACAAAUGAAAGCCACCAAUAUGUUCAUUUUAUCCAUGAAAGAAGAAUACAGAGACACACUGCAGGUCUUCUUAAGAUUGAUGAAUUUGACUAUUGAAAACAAGAGCGUCACACAAAUGGAUGAUCAAAAUCUGGCCACUUGUCACGCUCCAAAUAUCUUUGCACUACCCAAAGGUUCAGAGACAGAUAUGACAAGAAUUAAUGACAACUUCGAAUAUUUUAAAACAUUGACAAAUUACAACAAAAAACUAUUUGUGGUUCCCCCCAACUUUAUAAGUCAAAUUAGGCAACAAUAUGCAACUGGAGCUUCUGCAAAGCCAAAACGAAAAUUUAUUUCCAAGUUGUUAGGAAAGAAAUCAAAAGGUGAAGAAAUACCCCCACCAAGGGAAGAAUUGAUGAGAUUAAAAGAAGUUAAAAUUGAAGUUCAUGCUCCACAAAUGACCAGGGAAAGUGCUGUCAUCACAAUCAAUGAGUCAACAACGGCUAAGGAUGUUAUAUAUCAAAGCCUUUUUGAGGAUGCCAGAAGAAAUAUUGCUCAGGGACAGAAUGCAGACAGAGCUAUUGAAUAUCUGUGUGAAGCUGCCAGAAGACAAAAUGCUCAGGGAGAGGAUGAAGACAGAGCUAUUGAAUAUCUGUGUGAAGUUGGUGGAAAUAUAGGUGAGCGUUGCCUUGACCCUGAAGCUAAAGUCUUGGAAGUGUACCGUGUUAAUCCCACAGCUGAAUGGAUGAUCAAAACCAAGAAAGGGAGAUAAGUAUUUACAAAAACAGGAAUCGGUCUGUUAAGUGAGCUAAUUUUUGUUUUCAAAUAGAAAAUUGAUUAAAGGAAAGGAGAAACAUGUCUUAGUUAUAUUCAUUCUAUUUUAUAUAUAAACUGUUCUGCUUAUGAUUACAUUACAAACAAACAGUAGAGAACCAUUGAAUUAAAUUUGUAUGAAUUACAUUCAUUUGAUUAUACUAAAUUCCAAAAAUUUGUUUAAUCUGUAGUCUAUAGCAAUGUUGUGUAAAAAUGCAUCUAAUAAUUGGUUUGAAAACCUUUUACCAUCAGAGACAGAUUUACAAGAAAAUAUUUGUUUUGUGACAUCAUAGUUGACAAAUGUAGACUAAAUGCUUAUGUGGAUCUAGCCUAUUCUCUUAUUACUAAUACAAUAUUAUUUGACUAUUACUAUUGCAACAUUUACGUCAGUUAUAUCUAGGCCUACUACAAACAGAAUUAGAAGGUUGUGAAAUAUAGAUAUUGUAUCAAUAAAUGAGAAAUAAAUACUGUAAUGUUCUA